UACCAACAACACCGAGCAGCGGUCAACAAAUCAACAAAUUCAUUUAAAACACAGUUUACGACCAUUAUAAUCUAUAUUUUAUUAUUACUUGCACUGAAGUGUGACAUUAUAAGCUAAACAACUGGUUGUUUUAGACAGCUAACUUAGAAAUAGCUGAGAAAAGUGUACAGUAUAGUUAUCACUAGUUAAGACUGAGUUGACAUGUAGCAUUAGCAUUAGCCAUUCACACCUUAUUUAGUUAAAAUGGGAAGGAAAAGCUGUGGACAGAAAGCUUCACUGGCUGAGAACUUCAUGCAAUUCCAAAUUCAAGUAAAAAGAAAAGAAAUUGAAGAAUUAACGGAUGAAAUAGAACAGCUGGAGACCAAGAACCAAAAACUCAUUGACAUGAGAGAUCAGCUAAGAGAGAAGCGGUUUGGUCACAUCCAUAUGAUGCACAGGCAAGUGAAAGAUGAGGCGAAGAAGCUGGAGCAGAAAGCGGUUGCGAACAAAGAGCAAGUGAAAGAAGCUCUGCAGCAAAAUCUAGACCUUGCACAAACCCAGGAGAAAGAGGUAGCAGAGUUGCGCAGGCAGCUGACUGAUGUGCAGAUGCAGGUUGCGCAGCUGCAGGCGCAAAGGGAAGCAUGCACAGAUAAUAAUGCGCAUGAACAGCAGAUCCAGAAUCUGCAGUCAGAACUUGCCGCUAUGGAGAAGGACUUUCAGGAUAUGACAGAGCUUUUUAAGCAUUCUAUGGAUGCAGCCUUGAAUAAAAUCGAGGACAAAACAUCCCAGCUGAUUGAUGAGGAGAAGCAACUUGCUAUAGAGAGGGUGAUUAAUCUGAUUGACAAACCCACUCACCAGGCGCUCACAGAGAACGAAUGGCUUAAGAGAAAGCUUUCACUUUAUCGGGAGGAGGUUUCAGCACUGGAUGCAGCCAUAAGUAGUUUAGAGGAGGAAAACCUGGAGCACCUGAGAAAACUGUUCGAGAAUCAUCUCAAUGAUCUGCAGAUCUCAAGGAAUGUGUUCCUCACUCAGCCUGCAGGUCUGGUGCAGCAGCCUGUGCAGAAUCUCAGCAUCACAGAUACAGCAGAUUUUGGGGUCGAGUCGACAGCGGAAGCUGGGAGGGCCCCACAGCAGAAGCAGCAGUCUGGAGUGUUGGAGCAAGAUGAAACGGAUGCCAGCUGCAGGCCCUCUUCCUUUUCAUCUCACGAUCUCAGCAUGCUCCUAUAUACCAGCCCAAGUGAAAUCAGGGCGAGUUGGGAACCGCUGCAAACAGGGCCGCUGGCACAGAAGUUGAUGAUUGUUGUUGGCCAGGCCAUGACCUUGUACCCAUUGCCCACCGACUCAAAGGAUUUGGGUAUGCCACUACAUCGUGGAUUCUUCCAGACACAAAACCAGCCUACGGCAACAGACAUCAACAGGUUUCACUAAACACAGAACUAACUUAUAGACAUUCUAAGUGAUUACAAUGUUAAAAAUAAAAACUUUAAAUUUUUA